AUGAGACACGCUGCGUGGCUGCUCGCCUCACUGGCGACCACAGUUCUUGCUGCUCCAACCCCGACCAAGAGGGAUGCCGCCACAAGUACUACCUGGACUCCCACGUUAGCAGGAUACUUCGACACCGUCUACAAAUACAUUGAAGAAGUCAAGCGUUCGAAUGGAUCUGGGCCUACCUGUGACCUAUCCAAAGCCAAGAUGCCCACCGGCACCGCUCCCUUACCAAGUCCUGACGGCUUGACGCUGGCACACGUUGCUGUCGGACGAGGUGUUCAGAACUAUACUUGCGCAAAUUCCACCGCCACUCCCGCCGCUGUUGGCGCCGUCGCCAGUUUCUUCAACGCCUCCUGUGUGGCCGCGGACUAUCCUGAUCUGCUCGAGCUCAUGCCUGGCGUCGCCUUGGAGUUCCCUGUUCCUACGGGCAACAGUCUUCUCGAGCCGUCCGCUCUCGGUCUCUCCAGUCACCACUUUUUCUCAAACACCACCACGCCUGUCUUUGCUUUUGAUGUUCCCACGGGUCCGCAAUUGGGCACUGUGACGGGACAGAAAGUUCAUGAUUGUCCCGCCCCAGUCAAUGCUGUUGUUGGGCCCAAUGGUAAAGGAAAUGGCGCCGUGGCAUGGUUGCACAUCACUGCUCGGUCUACCACUAUAGGCAACAUCAAGGCCGUCUACCGACUCAGCACGGCUGGAGGCAGUCCGCCCGCAACAUGUGCCGGCCAACCAGCUGCCUUUAGCCAAGACUACUCUGCUAUCUAUUGGUUUUGGGAGUAA